GGUUACAAACCGCGCCGCAAUUGCGAAAAGAAACCGCAAAAUGGUUUCCCCGCCUCUCUGCUGUAUUCCCUAGUAUACCGGUAACUUCUUUACUUAUUUGGAGCAACCAGAUCAAGGAAAGAGUAUAUAAAGCGAUCAAAGGGUCGAUAGUAAUCUUAGAUUGGAUUCGAAUUUUAAGAAGGAGGAAGGGGAUCGUUCGGGACUCCCUUCGCUUUGAUCGUUGGUUGGGCCUUGUCCGCGCGCGGAUGGCGGCGCCGCCGCGGUCACUGGACUACUGGCGCGGGUUCUUCAACGGCGCGCAAGCCAGCAUCUUCGACGCCAUCGACGCCGCUAUCCGAGUCGCCGCCGCCGACCACCCCGACGGACUCCGCGCGCGGCGCGCCGCCAUCGCCGAGCACCUCUACACCGUCCUCCCUCCGUCGGAGGAGGCCGUUUGGCCGGCACCUGCCUUCGCAGGGGCGCCGCCGCUCCAGGAGCAGCACGGCAGCUCUGACGGCCCCGCCGUCUCCACUCACCGCGACAGCUCCGGCGACCCCGUCGUCGCGGAGGCCGUCCGCGUCAAGGCCGCCCUCUCCAGCAACCAACAAAAGUCGGAGGACGAACUGCUCGACCUGCUCCGGAGGCUGCAGCUGCUGCAAUUCACGGUGGACACCGUCAGGGUUACUGAGAUUAUAAAGGCCGUGCAACCGCUACGCAAGCAUGCCUCAAAGCAGAUCCGGCAACUCGCUGGAUCUCUCAUUGAAGGUUGGCAGGCUACGGUCAAUGAGUGGAUGAACAAUGAAGCUGCCAUUAUAGAUCAUACUCCACAGUCGAUGGAUGUUUCUUGCUUGGAACAGGAAGAAGGAGGGUUGCCUUCCCCUCCCAUGGAUGAGGCUGCCCUUUUCGCCACAUCGUUUGCUUACAGAGAGCUAUCCGAGUUCUUCGAUGAAAUGGAUGAUGAUGGAAACACUAUAAUCAAUGGCAAGGAGGAUGAACAACAGUAUCCUACAAACGAAGAUUCAGUAAAGGAGCAGCCUUCUAUGGUCCAACAGUAUGAUCCCGUACAGAACUGGAGGCUUGAUCAGUCUGCAGUGAGGCAGUCACGACUGCAUGAACUUUCCGGCUGGCAAGUAAGUCAUCAAUCCAUGACGGAGGCACAAGGGAAGCCUUCAAAUGCAGCAUUUGGACUGAUAAGACCAUCUAGGUUGCAUUCUGAGCCGAUAGGUUCCAAAAUCAAAAUCAGUCCUAAGCAGCUGCAAGAUAUCUCGGUGGCUCACUCUCAAAGAAGACCAAAACCAACUAUGCCCAAUCAACCAUCGAGUCAGCAUGACCAAAAUUCAGUUAAGGCAAAGCUAGAUAUUGCGAAGAAAGCCAAGCCUGUUGCUACUAAGCGAAAGCUUCAACAAGAUUAUCAAGAAUUCAAUAGUGGCACGCAUGUCUUCUGUUUUAAUUCUUGUAGCGCCAGGAAAUUUUACAACAUAACCUAACCUGUAGUCCUAUGCUUUCUCUACCCGUUGUAAAAUCUCUGUAUAUCUUUAUAUGUUAAUCUGAAUGACUAUUUAGGAUUAGAAUUACAGGUGGAUAGUUUUGAUGACAACACACUAAAUUAUGGCAAAUGCAGCAAAGAAGCAACGAAGAAUACAAAUGUUGGAUCCGCAAGACCUGCCGAAGCAAGUGAACCGAAGGUCUAAACUCGAUGGCAAGUCAAGAAACAAUAUCAGCAACAACAACCAGAAUCGGCGGGGCAUGCGUCACUCUGAUAACUGAUUCCAUUAGGCUCCACCUCCACUAAUUAUGGGCGUCCCUAUUGUUUCAUCACAGCAUGGUGCAUGACAAAGAUGUACUCCAUAUUACUGUUGCACCCUAUUAGCCUUGGGGCUGAAUUGUCUGGUUCCAGCGCUCGUCAAACUUCUAGAAGAGGCGGAUCAUAACAUAGUUCUACACCCCAUUACCAGUUGUGGUAUUAAUUUGAUCUGGAUGGGAAUCCUGUCUGUCAAACAUAGUUUUACUGCACUGCUAUUUCCUUGGUCUGGAUGCGAUUCCUGUUUCUUUCCUCGCGAAAGGCAUUUUGAACUUGGCCCUUGGGACUUGGUGAAAGGCAUGUUUGUGUGUGCCAAUUUUCCUCUCUCCGAAGUCCGAAUGGAUGUGCAGUCGCAUUCAAAGGUCCGGAUCAGUGGACUUGUGCUGGUAAACGUUGAUGCCAGUUUUCUCGUGGACUCGGGUGCUGCAUGAUGGGAGGCAGUCCUUCGCUCCAGUACAGGCCAGGUGAUUUCAGCCGCUUGGGGCCCCAGUACCAUCUGCUCUUCUGCAGACGAGACUGAAGCUUGGCCGCUUGGGCAUGCAUCGAAGGUUUGAAUACCCUUUGCUCUCAGACGAAUGUGAAGUUGCUGUUGGAGACAGACUGCCAAGAAGUGUUAUCUGGGCUGAGGUUUGAUGCAACUGACCGCUCACCUCUUUGCUUAUUCAUUCUGCGUGAGACUAACAACAGACUGAACGGGUAGAUGAUUACAAUUACAAGACCGCUAAGAGCAUCUCUAUAUGAAGCCAGUUUUUCGGUUUUGAAUUGCGUCGGACGGUACAGAUCCCCUAAGCAUGUAUUGUAAAUUUGAAAAUCAACUUCACGUGUACUUCAUCACAUCGAUCAUAGACGAACACGAAGUUCAUAAUUCUCUGCCCAGAUCCCUUUCCGGCCAGAUCCCAAGCUAGCGCUGCUUUUCUCAACAACAACAAAAAAAAAGGCGGCGAGCAGUGGGGUCUCGCGUCGGGCCAUUGGCAGGAGGAGGCAGUUGGAGCACGGCGAGCUCUAUCCCCGUCGUGUGAGUCACCAUCCAUCCAUAGUGAGCAUGGUUUUAAAUAGCGGUUAUGCUUCUUAGCGGCAGCAUUUUUUCCAGCCGAGAAACAUUACGGUAUCCGUAUACUGCUAAAGCUAGAGAAGCAGUGUAUAAAUC